AUGUCCAAUACAAUCACGAAACCGAGUGCGUUGUCUCAUACCCCAUCGCGGCGUACUCUGACCAAACAUGACCAUCUCCUGCACUCCUCGAGCUCGAAGGAGUUGGAACAACUGACUUAUCGCCAAAUUUUCAAACCACAGACUUCAGCAACACUAAAGUCAUUGGCAGAUUCGCAAAGAACCUGCUACCCUGAGCAAAUAAGCUAUCUCAAGCUCAAGUCCACUACCGCUGUCCGCUGGAAACUAGUUUAAUCACAACAUGGGACUCCCUAUAUGAACUCAUGGAUUGCCUUCUUGUGGAGGCACUACCUGAAGAAGACAACGGAACCUCUUCUCUCCUACUAGGCUAUCUCUCUGGAGAAAAAUGGCGGUAUUUGGAACAGACCGACAUGUUCAUUCCGUGAUCAUUUUUUUCACCCAAAGCAAACAUGAUUUAGAAACUCGGCGAUUGCACCUACUUGAUGAGCCCCAAGGAGGGCGAAACCGCUUGACGGCUGUCGACGAAUUUUCAGCCACCUUAUGAGUAGUGCAAUACGAGUGUGAGAUAAAAAACUUUCAAGCGCUUACAUGUAUCGAAUCAUUUCUCCGUGUUCACUGUGCGCUCAGGGUCUUUUGUUAUCUC